GACGGGGAAGUGCUGAAAUAUUCGCGCCAAAUUGAAACGUCAAAGCAUCAGUCUGAGCAGCAGGAGGCACGAGCUGAGGCAGCGUCACCACCAGGCUCCACUUCAGACCAUCACGGUUCCUCACACAAUAUUUGAACGAACAUGGAGGAGGCCAACAAGCUCAUCUUGGCAGGCAAGGAGCACCUGGUGAUGGGGAAGGCGGUGGAGGCGGUGGGCGCCCUGCAGGAGGCCUGUGGCAUGCUAGCUAAAGAAUAUGGAGACACCGCAGAUGAGUGUGGAGAGGCUUUCUUCUGGUGCGGCAAAGCGCUGCUGGAUUUGGCACGGAUGGAGAACUCAGUCCUGGGUAACGCUCUGGAAGGAGUCCCUGUGGAGGAUGAAGAUGAACCCGAAGAUUCCAACUGUGAGAGCACAGAAGAUGUUGAUGAGAAGACCAGAGAUGAGCUGAGGGUUCAGGUGUAUGACGCCAUGGCAGAGAAGAAAACUGAAGAAAAGGCUGAAGAGAAGCAGAGCGAAGAUGCAGAGAUGAUGGAGACAGCUGAUGAACAACAGGAGACAGAAAAUGGAGAGGAGGUUGAUGGAAGCAAACCUGCAGCAACUGAAGACAAGGAGGCUGAGAAAGAACCAGCUGAUGAGGACAAAGCAGCCGAAAAGGAAGAAUCGGGCGACCAGAAGGGGGAAUCGGCGGACAAAAAGGGAGAAUCGGGCGACCAGAAGGGGGAAUCGGCGGACAAAAAGGGAGAAUCGGGCGACCAGAAGGGGGAAUCGGCGGACAAAAAGGGAGAAUCGGGCGACCAGAAGCGGGAAUCUGUGGACAAAAAGGGAGAAUCGGGCAACCAGAAGGGGGAAUCUGUGGACAAAAAGGGAGAAUCGGGCGACCAGAAGGGGCAAUCGGCGGACAAAAAGGGAGAAUCGGGCGACCAGAAGGGGCAAUCGGCGGACAAAAAGGGAGAAUCGGGCGACCAGAAGGGGCAAUCGGCGGACAAAAAGGGAGAAUCGGGCGACCAGAAGGGGCAAUCGGCAGAUAAAAAGGGAGAAUCGGCAGACAAUAAGGAAGAAUCAGAAGACAAGUCAGAAGCAGAAGAUGGUGAGGAAGGUGAGGAGGAGGAAGAAGGUGAAGAUGUAGAAAUGGAGGGCGAGGCUGAAGGUGAAGGAGCUGCCACUGCUGAGAAGGACAGUGAGGAUGAGGUGGGAAACCUGCAGCUGGCCUGGGAGAUGCUGGAAGUAGCUAAAAUCAUCUACAAAAGGAAAGAGACAAAGGAGGGUCAGCUGAUGAUGGCUCAGACUCACCUGAAACUGGGAGAAGUUUCUGUUGAAUCAGGAAAUUACACACAAGCUCUGGAGGAUUUCCAGGAGUGUCUGCAGCUGCAGGUGAAUCACUUGGAGCCGGACAGCCGCCUGCUGGCUGAGACUCACUACCAGCUCGGUCUGACCUACAGCCUGAACCUGCAGUACAGUGAGGCCAUCGAGUCGCUCAGCAGCUCCAUCGCCGUCAUAAAGAGCAGGCUGGAGAAACUGCAGGAGGUGCUGGACAAAGCCGAGGGUCCAGAUGAUCUGCCAGAAGAGAGGAAGGAGAUGGAGGAGCUGAAGGCUCUGCUGCCAGAGAUCCAGGAGAAGGUGGAGGACGCCAAAGAAAAUCUGAAAUCAGCGAGCACCACUGCUGAGACUGUGAAGGACGGGAUGACUAAAGACACGUCAAGAACUGAAGUCAUCCCCACCAAAGGACAAAUCUCCACUUCUCCAGCCUCAGACAUCUCCCACCUGGUCAGAAAGAAGAGGAAACCGGAGAGUCCAGUGAAGGAGGACGCGAAGAAAGCGAAGCAGGACAACACUCUGAUGGAUGAAGUGAAGGAAACUAACACGCACGCCGACAAAAUGGACACUGAUGGUCCAUGAAGCCAGACUGCUGCCUCAGUUCAAGGAAGGAUUCACCAACGUGCCAAACUCUUCCUCUUGAUAAGCUCCUGUUUGCUGUUGUAAAUAUGUGUAUCUUUUUCUAUGCCUGUUUUUGUCACUGUUUGUACACAUAUGUAACCUAUGAAGUUGAAUAAAGAUACUAUGGAUAGAC